GUCUGAGCGCCUGAGAAGAGGACCUCCAGGGGGAGCCCAGCAUGGGCAAAGGCCCUCGGGUGCCCAGGAGGCACUGGAGACAGCUCCAGGAUGGUAGGUGAAGGCCAUGGAGCUGGGUUCAGGCUGAGGAGCUAGGGACUCAGCCCAGGAGGGUGUAGGGAGACAUGGAGGAGUGGGAGGGGCCUUAGUUUCCUCCCUGUGUCCUGGGGCCUGUGCCCCUUAGAAUCACUGCUGCAGGCAUCUCAGGAACAGCAGAAGGUCCCUACCAGGCCCAGCCAACAAGGGGUGGGGGCCAGGUAGAAUAGAACCCAGCCAUCUGGGGAAACUGAGGCAGGGCUGGGAGGAGCUGCCCAGCAUCCCAGUUUGCCCCCCAGCAUCCCAUCUGAACCCUGAGCGCCUGCAGAGGGGCCUAGCCCCUGUGGACGGGGCACCCGGGGAUGGCAGGGUACGACCUGGCAGGCUGGUGCGUUGUUGACAGCCUCUGUGGCUAGAUUCCGCCCUGUACAGUAAUUGUCCCUGCACUGCCAGUAAUCGCCCUGACUUACCAGGCAGGCAUCAUUUCCUGAAAGUCAGCGGCCUUAGGGGAAGUAGGCGCUGGUGGUGACUAAACCAACAUGCAAAUGCAGCCGGGCUGGGGCUGAGAGCAGAGCUGGGAGCUGGCUGCUGUCUGCCGGUCCAGCGCCCAAGGUCAUGAGGGAGCGCUCCUUUGAGGGGACCCAGCGGCGGCCACGCCAUGUCCCAGCUACAGUUCUGGUUGCAGUUUGCAGAACUCAACAAGGAAUCCUCGUACCUCGACGACCUCUCCAACGCCUCCGUCUUCUCCUCUUCUGUGGACUCCCUCUCGGACAUCCCAGACACCCCUGACUUCCUGCCCGCCGACAGCCUUAGUCAGGUGCCCACCAUCUGGGACGUGAGCACUGGCCCCUCCACCCACGAUAAGUUGUUCCUGCCCAGUGGUCCGUUUACUGGCCUUGAGGACCCUGUGUCCUCCCUUCCCAGCACCCCACUUCUUGUCAGCUACCAGUCUCAGAAUCAGCCAGAGGAGGAGGAUGAGGCAGAGGAGGAUGAAGCAGAGGAGCUGGGCCACACAGAGAUCUAUGCGGACUACGUACCAUCCAAGUCCAAGGUCGGGAAGCAGCACCCAGACCGCGUUGUGGAGACCAGCACGCUAUCCAGUGUCCCUCCACCAGACAUCACCUACACCCUUACCCUGCCCGCCUCAGACAGCGGGGUCCUGUCUGCCUUGCAGCUGGAGGCCAUCACCUACGCCUGCCAGCAACAUGAGAUCCUGCUUCCCAGCGGGCAGCGGGCAGGCUUCCUCAUUGGAGACGGUGCAGGUGUGGGCAAAGGGCGCACGGUGGCUGGCAUCAUCCUUGAGAACUACCUGCGGGGCCGCAAGAAGUCCCUGUGGUUCAGUGUCUCCAAUGAUCUCAAGUAUGAUGCGGAGCGUGACCUGCGUGACAUUGAUGCCCCUGACAUUGCGGUGCACGCGCUGAGCAAGAUCAAAUAUGGUGACAACACUACCUCAGAGGGCGUCCUGUUCGCCACCUACUCAGCCCUCAUCGGGGAGAGCCAGGCUGGUGGGCAGCAUCGCACGCGCAUCCGGCAGAUCCUUGAAUGGUGCGGGGAUGCCUUUGAUGGUGUGAUCGUGUUUGAUGAGUGUCACAAAGCUAAGAAUGCCAGCUCCACCAAGAUGGGCAAGGCCGUGCUAGACCUGCAGAACAAGCUGCCUCUGGCCAGGGUGGUGUACGCCAGCGCCACAGGUGCCUCCGAGCCCCGAAACAUGAUCUACAUGAGCCGCCUGGGCAUCUGGGGUGAGGGUACACCCUUUCGGACCUUUGAGGAGUUUCUGCAUGCCAUUGAGAAAAGGGGUGUGGGCGCCAUGGAGAUCGUGGCCAUGGACAUGAAGGUCAGUGGCAUGUACAUUGCACGCCAGCUCAGCUUCAGUGGUGUCACCUUCCGAAUUGAGGAAAUCCCACUGGACCCAACCUUCGAGCAUGUCUACAACCAAGCAGCCCUGCUGUGGGCCGAGGCCCUGGGCGUGUUCCAGCAGGCAGCCGACUGGAUUGGCCUGGAGUCCCGCAAGUCCCUGUGGGGUCAGUUCUGGUCAGCCCACCAGCGCUUUUUCAAGUACUUGUGCAUUGCUGCCAAGGUGCGCCGGCUUGUGGAGCUGGCCCAGGAGGAGUUGGCCAAGGACAAGUGCGUGGUCAUUGGGCUGCAGUCCACAGGCGAGGCACGGACUCGGGAGGUGCUGGAUGAGAAGGAUGGGCAGCUUGACUGCUUCGUCUCAGCCGCUGAGGGCGUCUUUCUGUCACUAAUUCAGAAGCACUUUCCUUCAACCAAAAGAAAGCGAGACAGAGGAGCAGGCAGUAAGAGAAAACGGCGGCCUAGGGGCCGAGGGGCCAAGGCAUCCAGGCCAGCAUACGAUAUGGCAGGCGUGAUCCGAAUCAGUGAUGACAGCAGCACCGAGUCAGAUGCCGGCCUGGACAGCGAUUUCCACUCUUCCCCCGAGUCCCUGGUGGACGAUGAUGUGGUUAUCGUGGAUGCUGUGGGGCUCCCUGCUGACAACCGUGGCCUCCUGUGUCCCCCACAGCGAGACCCCCAUGGACCUGGUAUCCUGGAGCGGGUGGAGCGGCUGAAGCAGGACCUGCUGGCCAAGGUGCAGGUGCUGGGCCGAGAGCUGCCAGUCAACACCCUGGACAAGCUCAUUGACCAGCUGGGGGGCCCUGAACAUGUGGCAGAGAUGACUGGUAGGAAGGGCCGCGUGGUGUCCAGGUCUGACGGGACUGUGGCCUUCGAGUCUCGGGCGGAGCAGGGCCUCUCCAUCGACCACGUGAACCUCAGGGAGAAGGAGCGCUUCAUGAGAGGGGAAAAGCUUGUGGCCAUCAUCUCUGAGGCUUCCAGCUCUGGAGUCUCUCUCCAAGCCGAUCGUCGGGUCCAGAACCAGCGGCGCCGGGUCCACAUGACACUUGAGCUGCCCUGGAGUGCUGACCGUGCCAUCCAGCAAUUUGGCCGGACCCAUCGGUCCAAUCAAGUCUCUGCGCCAGAAUACAUCUUCCUCAUCUCAGAGUUGGCCGGAGAGCGCAGGUUUGCCUCCAUUGUCGCCAAGCGACUAGAGAGCCUGGGGGCUCUGACACACGGGGACCGUAGAGCCACUGAGUCCCGAGACCUGAGCAAGUACAACUUUGAGAACAAGUAUGGCGCCCGGGCCCUCAGCUGCGUCCUCACCACCAUCCUGAGCCAGACAGAGAACAAGGUGCCCCUGCCCCAGGGCUACCCAGGAGGGGACGCCGCUUUCUUCCGGGACAUGAAGCAGGGCCUGCUGUCGGUUGGCAUCGGUGGGCGGGAGUCCAGGUCCGGCUGCCUGGAUGUGGAGAAGGACUGCUCCAUCACCAAGUUCCUCAACCGAAUCCUGGGGCUGGAGGUGCACAAGCAGAAUGCGCUGUUCCAGUACUUCUCUGACACCUUUGACCACCUUAUUGAGGUGGACAAGAAGGAGGGCAAAUAUGACAUGGGCAUCCUGGACCUGGCUCCGGGCAUCGAGGAGAUCUACGAAGAGAGCCAGCAGGUGUUCCUGGCCCCCGGGCACCCGCAGGAUGGGCAGGUGGUCUUGUACAAGAUCACUGUGGACCGUGGCCUGAAAUGGGAGGAGGCGUACACCAAGUCACUGGAGCUGACAGGCCCCCAUGAUGGCUUCUACCUCUCCUACAAGGCUCGUGGCAACAAGCCGAGCUGCCUCUUGGCCGAGCAGAACCACAACAAGCUCUUCACCGUGUACAAGCCCAAUAUUGGCCGGCAGAGCCAACUGGAGACCUUCGACAGCCUGUGCCGGAAGUUCCACCGGGUGACAGCAGAGGAGGCCAGGGAGCCCUGGGAGAAUAACUACACCUUGUCACUGAAGCACUGCAGCCAUACCUCGUGGAACCGGCAAUGCCGGCUAGUGCAGGAGGGCAAGGACUGUGUGCAGGGCUUGAGGCUGCGGCACCACUACAUGCUGUGCGGAGCACUAUUGCGGGUGUGGGGCCGCAUCGCCGCUGUCAUGGCUGAUGUUACCAGCAGCAGCUACCUGCAGAUUGUUCGCCUUAAGACCAAGGACAAGAAGAAGCAAGUUGGCAUCAAGAUCCCUGAGAGCUGCAUCCCCCGAGUGCUACAGGAACUGCAACUCAUGGAUGCAGAUGUGAAGCGCAAGAAUGUGCAGGGCCAAGGCUAUCCACUGCCACUGCCGCCACCACCAGCCCUGCGCCCACUCUCACUGCCCUGCGGCCCUGGUGAGGUCCUGGACCUUACAUACAGCCCACCAGCGCAGGUCUUCCCACAGCCCUCACCCUUUGCCUUUCCACUUCCCCCAGACCCUACUCCCACGCCCAGUGGACUGCUGCUGGGCUCCCCCAAUACCCCAGCUGACCCUGCAGCUCUCAUGCACCAGGGUUGCAACAUCAACUUCAAAGAGGUGCUAGAGGACAUGAUGCGUUCCUUCAAUGCUGUGCCACCUCCAGAGCCCCCUGGGGCGCUGGGCAUUGGUGCAGGGAUUGUGGGUGUACCAGGGGGUGGUGGGGGCCCUGAGCGGCAGAGUGUUAUCCAGUUCAGCCCCCCUUUCCCCAAUUCCUAGGCCUGGGCUCCAGCACACAGCCAGGCAUUCUCCCUGGACAAAACUUAUUUAUCUGUAAUAUGCCACAGACAUGGUCUUGUACCAAAGUGGGUGGUGAGCAGGGCAGGUCCCCCUGCCAACUACUGAGAGGAAGCGGGGCUAGCCCGCCCCUCAUCCAGCCAACCAAGGCCUCCACUGCAGUGCCUUCCCCGGCCGGUGCCUGGGCAGACCCCUCAACAUGCUGCCACCCUGCCCAGGGGAACAGCGAGUGUGCACAUCCCACUCGGACUCAGGUGGGGCCUGGGGGCAGAGGGUGCCCCUCGCCUCUUCACUCCUGCCCUCCAGGCCUGGGUGGGACUCCCCUCCCCAGCCCACCCCAUCAGGCCUGGAAAGACCAGAACCCCUGAAAUACACAAAACUGGGUGGCCCCAAGAGCUGGAAACUCAGGAAACCCCCAGUUCGGUUCUCAGGGCCUUCGUCUCCGGGAGGCUGUGUGGGGCAGACGCCCCAUUAAUAUAUGCAAUUCCCCUACCUGCUCUCUGCUCCCUAAAUUAUUGCCCAAGUGCCUCUUCCAGGCCCCAGAAUCUGCCUGUGGAACUGGAGGGGUGGUGGGUGGUCCCUGGUUUCUAUGUGUAUUUAUAAUUCAAGUGUAUAUAUGUAAAAAGAUCUUUUUUAAAUAUAUGUGUCUUUUCACUACUCCCCA